UCUCCAACCACUGAGGCGAGAGGGAACGCGAUCUGGGGAAACAAACUCCGCAUCAAUAAUUUGAGUUUGGAGCCCAGUGCUUUCAGAGAUUCGGAGCGCACCUCCCCAGCUUCGCCCGAGUUGAGACAGGGCAGCGCAGGCAAAGGGGCGGGCAAUUCGACCGAGAGCGGCCGAACUGGCUGGUGGCACACGCUGCGCCGGGAGACACCCGCAAGAGAGCGAGCAGAGCCCGGCUCGCGGUGAGCGCUACAAGGAGGGAGCGCACCGCGCGAGCAGGCGGGAAGGGAGCGGGCCUCCGCCGAGGCCGAGGAGGCGCUGCAUGGACAGCAUGAGCUUCUCCGGGAGCCCCGGCGCGGGGCCCGCAGGGAACUCCAGCCCAUGGUGGCCUCUGGACGCCAGCGGUGCCAACACCAGCUGGGAAGCGGAGGCGCUCGGGAAAGAUGACAGCCCGCUGGCGGACGAGCGCAACGAGGAGCUGGCCAAGCUGGAGGUCGCCGUGCUGGCCGUGAUUUUCGUGGUGGCCGUGCUGGGUAACAGCAGUGUGCUGCUGGCGCUGCACCGCACGCCUCGCAAGAUGUCCCGCAUGCACCUCUUUAUCCGCCACCUCAGCCUGGCCGACCUGGCCGUCGCUCUCUUCCAGGUGCUGCCUCAGCUGUGCUGGGACAUCACCUACCGUUUCCGCGGACCCGACGGGCUCUGCCGCGUGGUGAAGCACCUGCAGGUGUUCGCCAUGUUCGCAUCGGCUUACAUGCUGGUGGUCAUGACCGCCGACCGCUACAUCGCAGUGUGCCAUCCGCUGAAGACGCUGCAGCAGCCGGCGCGCCGCUCGCGCCUCAUGAUCGCUGCCGCCUGGGUGCUGAGCUUCGUGCUGAGCACUCCACAGUACUUCGUCUUCUCCGUGGUCGAAGUGAGCAACGUCACCAAGGCCUACGACUGCUGGGCCAAUUUCAUCCAGCCCUGGGGUCUCCCCGCCUACGUGACCUGGAUGACCGGCAGCAUCUUCGUGGCGCCCGUGGUCAGCCUGGGCACCUGCUACGGCUUCAUCUGCUACCACAUCUGGCGCAACGUCCGCGGAAAGACUGCGGUGCGCCAGGGCAAGGGCGCCCGCGCGGAGGGCGCAGGUGGCGCCUUCCACCAGGAGCUCCUGCUCGCGCCGUGUGUCAGCAGCGUGAAGACAAUUUCCCGCGCCAAGAUCCGCACGGUGAAGAUGACCUUCGUGAUCGUGACGGCUUACAUCGUUUGCUGGGCGCCCUUCUUCAUCAUCCAGAUGUGGUCUGUCUGGGAUAAGAAUUUCCCCUGGGUCGAGUCGGAAAACCCGGCCACCACCAUCACUGCAUUACUGGCUUCCUUGAAUAGUUGCUGCAAUCCCUGGAUAUACAUGUUUUUUAGUGGCCAUCUCCUGCAAGACUGUAUUCAAAGCUUCCCAUGCUGCCAAAACAUGAAACAAAUAUUCAACAAAGAAGAUUCUGACAGUAUGAGCCGAAAACAGACUUCCUUCACUAACAACCGAAGCCCCACAAAUAGGACCGGCGUGUGGAAGGACUCAGCUAAAUCCUCCAAGUCCAUCCAAUUCAUUCCUGUUUCAUCCUGAGCAUGCAGCCUGACUCCUGUAACGGACUUUUCAGCCCACUGACUGAAUCCAGCUAGAAAUUAUUAGAACAAAUAUAAGAUAAAUCAAUCUGUUGAGUACAAGACUGUGUUUCUAGUUGCAUUUUCACAUUGCUACAAGCAAAAGCUAUGAAUUGUUUUAUACGGAAUGUUAAUAAAAACAUGCCACACUAAAAUCUGCAGACCUAACCCAGAAAUAACAGAAGUCAUAUUUCUGAAGGAAAAAGCAUAACCACCUGGCUUUAUAUUUUGCUGUGGGUUUCUUUUCUUUUUAUUUCUGACAUAACUAAGGUUUGGUUGGUUUAGAAGUCGUGUAAUGUAAGGACAUUAUUUCUGAACAAAGUAAGCUCAUCAUCAGCCUUAGGGUUUGAAAGGAAUUAGAAGAGACGUCAGAGAAAUUAUGUUUCCGUCCAGUAAAAUUAAUUUAUGUAUCAGAAAAUGCAGUCUCAAACCGCGGCCUGGAGUGGGAUGGUGCCUUG